AUGCGAGAGGACUUUCGCUAUGAAGAUAUUGUGAAAGACUUGGAGGAUUUUGAGGACACGAUGGCAAUUGGAAAUAAUCCGUCACUCCACCUUUCCACCUUCUCCUCCUCCACCACCACCACCACCAUGCAAGCCUCUCAACCUCCUCCUUAUCCAAAGUUCUUGCGAGACAUCUCGCAAGCAUGCAAAGACUUGCUCUCUUCUCCAUUCGGAAAAGGCUGGAACGGUAUAUCUCUCCACUUGUACCAGGACUUCUGGUUCUUCCGUUGGAUGCUGAAGGACGUCCUCGCUCGCCAAAACUACUUCCAAGCUCACCCAUCCGACAUCCUCCUCGUCACCUACCCAAAAUCUGGCAGCACCUGGCUAAUGGCCAUCCUCUUUGCACUCUUGAACCGUGCCAAGUACUCCGACACCAACUCACAACGACGCCACCCUAUCCUAACCCUACACCCCCACGACUUUGUGCCUUUCUUGGAGAAUAACUACCGAGAAAAUCCCGAUCUCACUGCUUUUACAUUACCGAGACUCCUCAGCACUCACUUGCCUUAUUCCUUGCUUCCAGGCUCAGUGAGGGAGUGCAAGCUGGUUUACCCGUGUAGGAACCCUAAGGACAACUUCGUCUCGCUGUGGCACUUUGUCAAUAAGAUGAAGCCCGAAGAGAAGGGCCAGACUACGCUCCCACAUUGCCUCGACAAUUUUUGUCGAGGGCUGAGCCCGUGCGGCCCUUUUUGGGAACAUGUGCUGGGUUAUCACAAGGCGAGCUCAGAGACGCCCGAAGAGGUGUUGUUCCCGAAGUACGAGGACAUGAAGGAGGACCCAUGCGCUCACCUGAGGAGGCUGGCCGGUUUCUUAGAGUGUCCUUUCAGUGAAGAAUAGCUGAAAAACGGGACUGUGGACGAAAUACUGAGGCUCUGUAGUUUUGACAGUUGAAGCGCGUUGGAGGUGGACGAGAGCGGCAAGUUGGCCUCAGGGGAAGAGAACAAGGCGUUCUUUAGGAGAGGCGAGGUUGGAGAUUGGGCAAAUUACUUGAGUAGUGAGAUGGUCGAUAGGACUGACAGGGUCGUGGAAGAGAAGCUGUGUGGUUCAGGGUUGAGGCUUUAG